GCUCAGCUUGGAGAAGCCAUGGCCUUUAGAGGUUCUGAUCGCCAUCUGCCUGCAUCCCUGCUGAGCCCAAGGCUAAAGGCAGAAGAGAUGACACUGGACCUGGAGUUUGAGGUCUUGAGUGUGGGGUUUAAUGAGGAAGGCAGAUAUGCCCUGAGGCUGUCAGCUGAGAAUCCACUGCAGGCAGGCUCCGGGGCUGGAGUGCAGUUGCGAGUCAAUGAUGGGGACCCCGUCCCAGCCUGCUCUGCUGUCACUGAGGUCAUUGAGCAGCAGGAUCCUGAGCAGAGCCUCUCCUUCACCAGGAACAAAUUUGUCUUCACUUUGCCCAAAGGAUUCUGCAAGAAUGAUGGGCAGAAUGACACACAUCUGCGUGUAGAGGCACUGAGGCUGGAUGGACCCUCAGGACAGGUGGCCCAGAGGGUGGGUGAGGCUAUCUUCCCAAUCUACCCACGACCAGAUGAGCCCCGAAUGAACCUCACAGCCCAGGAGCACGAGGACCUGUACCGCUACUGUGGCAACCUGGCUCUUCUCCGAGCUAGUGAGGACCCCACAGCCCGCCACUGUGGAGGCCUUACCUACAGUGUCGCCUUCCAUGCACACCGAGCCCCUAGGUCCUCUGUCUCAAGCCGCCUCGUGGAGCCCAGCCAGCCAGAACUACAGACUUCCAGGGAGGUCGUGAGUGACAAGGCUCCCAGCUCCAAUAGUGACCAGGAAGGGCUUAGCUGGGAACCAGGACCCUGGAGGCAUCAGGCUCAGGUUCCUGGAGAACCAGUGGAGCCCCUGGAUACCUCUCCGGACCUAGAUCCUGACACCAGCUACCUGGCUCCCUGUAAUAAGGAGACUAUUGUGGUCACUCUGCAUGGAGCUACUAACCUUCCUACCAGCAAGGACGGCUCUGAUCCAAGGCCCUAUGUGAUGGUAAAAACCACAUCAGAGGAAGCCACCGUUCACAGCCCCAAAGCAGCGACCUCUGUGGCCUCAGAACCCACCAGAACACCCAUCUGGGGGGACACAGUGAAAGUGGAGAUCCAGGCAGAGGAUGCAGGACAAGAAGAUGUCAUCCUCAAGGUGAUGGACAACAACAAGAAAGAGGAGCUGGUGUCCUAUACAAUCCCCAUUAAAUACCUACGUGUCUUCCACCCAUACCACUUUGAGUUUAAGAAGUCUGAGAAUGCUGAUGAAGACACUGCCAAGACCCGCCUCUAUGCCACCGUGGUUCGGAAGGGCAACUUGCUACCCCGCUACAUUGGCUGUGACCAUACCGCUCUGGAGGUCUUGGUUCAGGGAGUCAAUGAGCCCCUGGUCAACAACCCCAGCCCUAUGGUGGUGAUUGCUCGGGUGGUUCCCAGCUAUACUGAGUUUAAGGCCAACCAGACCAGACGGGACCCUGCCUCUGUGGGGCUGCCCCUCACCCAGAUCUCCUUCCCUAUUUCAUCACCAAUGAACUUUGAUGUGCCUCGGGUCAGCCAGAACGGGUAUCCUCAGCUGUCCAGGCCCGGGGGACCCCCAGAGCAGCCCAUAUGGAACCAGUCCUUCCUCUUUCAAGGCCGAGAUGGAGCCACCAGUUUCUCAGAGGACACAGCACUGGUGCUGGAGUAUUACCCUUCUGCUUCAAUGAAAAGCAGUGAACCAUGGACCCUCAAACAGCCCCUGGGUGUCUCUGUGCUACCACUAAAGCCUCGUCUGUACCACAAGAUGUUGACAGGAAAAGGCUUGAAAGGGCUGUGUGUGGAACGGCUCCCCAUCACUGACACCCACCUGAAAACCGUCAACGGAGAGGCCCCCACGGUGAAUCUCUCCUUCCAGCUUCUUUCCUCUGAGAGACCAGAAAACUUCUUGACACUAAACAACAGCAAGGGUCUGCCCACCCUGAACCUGAAGAUCCUAGAUGAGAAUCUGGGUGCCAUCCGUGAGUCCUGGUCCAAGAGCUCCUCAGACUCCUCUCAGGAAGGAGAGGAGCCUCAGACUUUGCACGAGAUGGAGAUGAACAACUACCGGCGGGCCAUGCAGAAGAUGGCAGAGGACAUCCUGGCACUGAGGAAGCAAACCAACAUCCUGGAGGAGGAGAACCGCACGCUGAGGAGUCACCUGACCCAGCAGAACUUAGAAGAAGAACAGAGCAGAGCUGAAGAGGAGAACCUGGCGGUGUCCAUGAAGCAGAGGCUACUGCUGAGUGAACUGGACAUAAAGAGGCUGCGAGACAGGGUUCAAUACCUGCAGAACGAGCUGAUUCGGAAGAAUGAUCGAGAGAAGGAGUUGCUGCUUCUGUACCAGGCCCAGCAGCCGCAGGCCGCACAACUGAAGCGGUACCAGGACAAGCUGCAGAAGAUGAAGGCCCUGGAGGACACCGUGCGGCACCAGGAGAAGGUGAUUGAGAAAAUGGAGCAGGUACUGGAAGAAAGGCUCCGUGAGAGGAAGGAGCCAGCACCGUCGAGCAGGCCGCAGGGGAAGCCCAACGUGGCCUUCCCCGUGUUCACCACCUCUGGCAUUCACCUGGGCCCCACGGGAGAGAACAUGGCUGUCGAUCUUUACUCCAUACUGCUGGCCGAAAACACAAGACUGCGGGCAGAGUUGGAAAAGAACCGUCAGCAGUCAGCCCCCAUCAUCCUGCAGCAGCAGGCCCUGCCGGUGGAUCCCAGGGAGUUGGGAGCAGGUGGAGACUUGGCAGAGAGGCUACAAGACACAAAUGGCCCGGGCCACUCCACGUGCACAGAGGCCCUGCCAGCACAGGAUCUCCUGGGUGGUACUUCAGACAAAUUCAACCUACUGGCCAAGCUAGAACAAGCUCAGAGUCGGAUCUUGUCCCUGGAAAACCAGCUUGAGGACUCAGCUCGCCACUGGGCACGAGAGAAGCAAAACUUGGCCAUACGGCUUCAGGAGCAACAACAUGGUUUUGGACACCCGUCAAACUCCAUCAUCAUAGACCAGCCUAGUGCUGGAGUGGCCAAGGAUCUCCAACAGUCCUCCAAACUGGAACCCUCACUGCCCAACUCAGACAUGAAGUUCAACAGACCCUCAAACUCCAAGAUUGAGACUUUUCACUCCCAGAAGACCUGAGCCUGGAGCUGGCCUCCUUCCCCAUGUGCUGAGGAGUCAUCCCCACCCCAAAGAUGUCUUUAGUAAAUGCUAGAACUCAAUAAGUGUUUGUCUCUUUCCUGGAGCACGGCAGCUGGCAGUGGAUCAGCGGCUAUUUUCACAUCCAGCUUGAGCCCUGGGCUGAGGCUGCCUUGUACCUAUUGUCUGACCCGGAAAGCCAACACUACUAUGAUCUGUGGAGAGUGCUGAGGAGACCA